UUCUUCCUUUAUAUAUGAUUUGACGUCUUGUUUGAGUUGCUAAUAUGCUAAAAGCUAUUUAUUGAAUCCUUUUAUUGUAACUUAAGGUUGAAAACAUCCACCACCUCUGAUGCAAUUCACCAUUAUCUUUAUUCUAUACAAUGUCUUAUAGAGUGCUGCCAAGUCCUAUACAACAUAUUUAAUGUGUAGAAAAAUAAUCCAAAAUGGUCGCGAACGUGUUUGAGUUGUUGCCGAACUAGGUUUUUACUAGCAAAAGUAGAAUAUAAUUGUUUUAUAGAUGAAAAUAUUAAAAACUUUAAAGUAUCAAUAAAAUAAAAGCAAUUUAUGAAAUAUUUAGGUGAAAAUGUAGCGACAUACAAAACAUUCAAAGAAAGUAUUGAGUGUACAUAUAAAAGUGCUUUUAUAAAAAAAGUCAGCUAAAUGAAUCGUUCUUAUCGUAUAAAGGCAAACAGAACGCUUAUAUUUACUUUAAUAGUCGUGGUAUUAAAUGUAUAGUGGUGAAUAUAUCAAAUAAUAAUAUUGCAACAACUUUAUAUGCAAGAAAGUAAAACAUAUGAACUAUGGCCAACCAAUUAAAUGAUUUACGUAGUUAUUCCCGCCUAUGGUUAGCCGAUUUUAUUGAGAUGUACAAAGCUGAAGAAUGUUUAUGGCAGCCUAAACAUCCAGACUACAGUAAUAAUUCGGUUCGCAACACCGCUUACGAAAAACUAAGGGUAAAAUUAACAGAGGUUGAACCGAAGCCCGACAGAAACUUGGUGAUACGUAAAAUAAAUUCGUUGCGUUCAGCCUUUCGACGAGAACUAAGAAAAAUUAAUGCCAGACCUAACUAUGAAACGCGGUUGUGGUAUUACGACAAACUUUCUUUUAUAGCUGAACACGGCAAUCCAAAACGUUUAAUAUCAAAUGUUGUAGAUGAAUAUAAGCCGCAAAAACGUUCGAUAUCAUUGGGGUUCGAGGAUGACGACUCAAUGGAAUAUGAGGAUGAACAUCAAAUCGAGACAAAUAGCGCUCAUUCCGCUACACAGGCGGAAAUGCAAAAUGAAACCGCUACUACUACCAUAACUGCCGUGAACGGUGAUAUGGUAACGAUUGUUAAAAGUGAAGAUCAUAAGCAACAAACAAAUGAACAUCAGCAGGAUAUAACCCAAGCGCAGAAUGAGACCACAACCCUGCACCAUCAUCACCAUCAUCAUCAGCAGCAGCAUCACCACCAAGAAUUGCAUGCUCAAACCCAACCACAACAUACAACUGCAGUGAAGGUGCUGGAAAUCACUUCGCUCGACUCGAAUUCGCAGCGCGAAAUUCAACAGGCUGUAAACUCAUUCGAACAGCAACAUCAAAUGCAACAGCUUCAGCAGCAACAACAACAACAAAAUGCUAAUCAAUCCGCUGCAGCUCAACUUGCAGCACAAAUCCAUCAGCAAGUGCCAACUAUACAAAUUGCCCGGGAACACCUGCAACCGUUUUUCGGAAGUGCAGCCACAACAUAUACCACGACAGCGCCGACAAAUACUCAACGUCCGCAUGAUGAAUACGAUGGGAUCGGUAUGAAUGUGGCCAGCAAAUUGCGUCUAAUGAGUACCCAUCAACGCAUAAUAGCUGAGAAAUUGAUUAGUGAUGUACUUUUUAAUGGACAAUUAGAUAAUUUAAGUGUGAAUUCCCAUCUUGCUUACUUUAAAUUUAAAGCAAGUAAGAAAAUAGUGAUUUUUAUGCUGAGACAAGAAGUUUUAAAACUUUAUAGAGAUAUUUUCCGUACCAUACGUCAAGUGCCUGACGUUAAUAGUCGCAAAGAUCUGCAAAUGUGGGCACGUCAAGAUUUCCGUUCAAAUCAGCAGCAAAAGGAUGAAGUGGCCGUUAAAAUGCUGCUACAAUAUGGCCGGCGCAGCUUAACUGAGUUGAAGACAAGUCUAGAUUUAAGUGGCAAAAACAAGAAUCGUGUUUAUUCAUUGUGUAUUUGCCCUCAAUUGUUGGUAGAGAAUGAGUCUAUCGCCAAUUCAAAGACGCAAAUGCUUUGGGGUAUGACGAGCCAACUGAAUGAUUUGCGUAGUUACUCCCGCCACUGGCUGGGCGAAUUUAUUGAAUUGUAUCAGGCCGAGGAAUGUCUUUGGCAGCCUAAACAUCCCGACUAUAGUAAUAACACAGCACGUAACAAUGCUUACGAUAAACUGGUCAUCAAGCUUAAAGAAGUAGAAUCUGCAAAAGCCGACCGUAGCAUGGUAGUACGUAAAAUAAACUCUUUGCGUUCAGCCUUUCGACGAGAAUUACGAAAAAUUAAUGCUAGACCACACUACGAGACGCGCUUAUGGUAUUAUGAUAAACUUGCUUUUAUCGCUGAUCACGGUAAUCCAAAACGCUUGAUAGCUAAUAUUGUGCCCGAACUUAAGCAACAGAAACGUUCGAUUUCGUUGGGCUUCGAUGAAGACGACUCAAUGGAAUUUGAGGAUGAACAACAAAUUGAGCCAAAUAGCGCCCACUCCUCUACGCAGGCAGAAAUGCAAAAUGAAACUGCCACGGCGACAAUCACAGCAAUAACUAAUGGAGACGUCGUGACAAUUGUUAAGAGUGAAAAUCACAAAGAUGGACAUCAACAGGAUCUAUCUCAAGCGCAAAAUGCAAACGAAACCGCAACAUUGCACCAUCACCACCAUCACCAACAACACUUGCACACUCAAACCCAACCACAACACACAACCGCGGUUAAGGUCCUGGAAAUCACUUCACUCGACUCGAAUUCACAGCGCGAAAUUCAACAGGCUGUAAACUCACUCGAGCAACAACAUCAAAUGCAACAACUUCAACAGCAACAACAACAACAGAACGCUAAUCAGUCCGCUGCAGCCCAACUCGCAGCGCAAAUCCAACAACAAGUGCCAACUAUACAAAUAGCAAGGGAACACCUGCAGCCAUUGUUUGGUGGAGCGGCUACUACUACUUACACUGCGACGACUGCGCCAACAUCUACUCAGCGUCCCAACGAUGAAUACGAUGGCAUUGGAAUUAAUGUGGCCAGCAAAUUACGUAUAAUGAGCGCGCACCAACGUAUAAUAGCGGAAAAAUUAAUUAAUGAUGUACUCUUCAACGCGCAGUUAGAUAAUCUUAGUGUAAACUCUCAUCUAGCUCAGUAGAAAAUAUAUUUAAGAGACUUUUGUAAAUAAUCGAUUCCAUCUAUAACUUUAUAAAAUCUCUGUACGCACUAAUGAGCUUCACAGAGAGAUUAGUAGCUUAUAAGCAAAAAUUAUAUAAGAAUACC